GGUCACAGUGAUCCCUGGCGGGCGACGGCUGCCACGCUCGGCGGCUGCCGGUCUCGAAUAUUAUCCUUUCCGAUCGCGCCUGCGCAACGCACGCUCUCCUCCGUCGUUUAACGCAUCGUUCUGUCCCCGGAAAAUAAAAGUCCUUGUGACCAACCGUCCAUUUUCGACCGUACGUAUCCGACACUACGUCACGUCUGUUGUAAGCUAUUCUUUCUUGCAAAUAAAUUAGCAUUGUAUUCUAACCUAGUCUAGUUCCCUUCUUUCUCUAGAGUCUACACUCAGGUGCUUCGUGGGUAACGAUCGUAACGACGACGUUGGAGGUCUCAAGUGAUAGUACCUCCACAAUAUCGUAUUAUAAUUUAUCAGUACUCACGACUGCAGUAUGGAAUUCUGCUAGUUCGUUCAUUAUUAAAACCGGACACUUGGCGUUUACUGUCUACGAUUCGACUAUAUAGUUCAUUUUGAUUAUUCGUUGAUAGGUACAUUGAAUCCUGUUUAUAAGGCCAAAAUUGUUCCAAAUUAAAAUUUUGAAUAUGCUGCGUGCAGAUCGCCAAUCUGAUUCUGAUGAAAGUCUAGAUUCCUUUCCUAAGAAAAAAACCAAAAUGUCAGGCAUAAAUGAACCAUCAUUUGAUAGAGAUAUUUCAGUUGAUGAAGAUAGUCAAAAUUAUGAAGAAAUUGAAAUGGACAAUUAUUUUGAUCACAAAAACCAACAUUUGAACAAUAUUCAGAAUGUAUCUUCUGGAGUAUCUGAUGAUGAUGAUUAUAAUUUUUAUAACUAUGAUGAUAGUGAAAGUGAAGAUUUUGUACAUAUUUCUGAUGGGGAAUUUGAAUUAGAAAAGCAUGUAAAAAAUGAAACAAAUUUUUAUACUAGAGGUGAUGAAAAAACUGAUGUCGGAUUUGUCAAAGGUGUUGAUGGUGGUGUCAACUUUUAUAAUAAUGGUGAAGAAAAAAUGACUAAGACUUCUAAAUCCAUAGAAAUAGAUAAUGAUGAACUAUAUGAUUUACUAGACAAACCAUAUCAAGACAACAGUAAAACCCACAGUGAACUUAAUAAGAAAGCUGUUACUCAAUAUGACUUUGAAGAUUACGAAAAAACUGUACUGGAGGAAGUGUGUAAAAAUCCUUUUGAUAUUUUGCCUGAAAAUUGGAUUGAAACAAUUCAUAAAAGUGGCAUGCCUAUUUAUUUACAUACAAAAAGUAGAGUUGUAACAUUAUCUAGACCUUAUUUUUUGGGACCAGGAGAUCCUAAAUCACAUUUAGCCCCAUUAUCAGCAAUUAGUUGUUUACAAUAUCAAAAAGGUCUGGAAAAUAAAGAAAUUAUAAAAAAUGAACCUGAUUUUCAGGUUAGUAAGCUUGGAGAUAUAAUUAUACCAAAUGCUAAAGUGGAGACUGUACAAGAAAAUAUUAUUAAAGAAUCUUUAACACAUAUGGAAUUACGAGUAUACUGUCAAUCACUGUUUAAGUUCAAGAUUAAAGAAUCUCCAAGUAAAACACAGAAAGAACAAAACAUAAAAACAGAAAUUUCUAGUGGCACUCUAAAAAACACCAAUGAAAGACCUUCGCUUCCAGCUAGCACUAAAUUUAUAUCAUUUCCAGUUCAAAGCAAGGACAGUGAUAAAAGAUAUAAUCGUCGUCGAGAAUGGAUAAUGAAUCCGAAUGGUAAAAGUUAUGUCUGCAUAUUACAUGAAUAUUUACAACAAGCAUUGAAAACCCAACCUUGGUAUGAGUUUAAAGAACUUGAAAAUACAGAUACCCCUUAUUCUGCAACUGUUGUGCUUAAUUAUGUUAAAUAUGGUGUUGGUUUGGGUAGUAGUAAGAAACAAGCAAAACUAAAUGCUGCCCAAGUCACUUUAGACAUACUCCUACCUGAAAUGAAGAAUAAAAUGGAUUCAAAUAUCAAAAACCAACGUGAUUCAGUAAUAUUUGACCAAAUUAAAGUCACGGAUCCCAGAGUUACUGAAUUCUGUUCUAAAACCACAGAACCAAGUCCAUAUGCUAUGUUAUUAGUGUGCUUGCAAAGAAAUUUUAGUGAAUGUGAAAUAGGUAUAGAAUAUAAAUUGAACAAUCGUCGUUUGAUGUUUAACCAAUGCACAAUGACAGUUGGUAGACACACAGCUUCUGUUGCUUGUAAAAAUAAAAGGGAUGGCAAACAAAAAGCUUCCCAAAUAAUACUCGGCUUAUUACAUCCAGAUAUUGAUAAUUGGGGUUCGUUGUUACGGCUUUACGGUAACCAGAGCAUUAAGAAUGCUAAAGAAAAAAAACAAGAACAGCAAGAAAUCACUAAGCUCCAGAGGAAAGCUGCUAAGAAUCAACCGAAUUUUGCUAUACUAAAUAAACUCAAAGAAGAAAUGUUAAAAAUUAGAGACCAAAGAAAAUUAAAAGAAACUAAUGAAAUAUUAGGAUUACCUCAGACAUUGCUUGAUACAACUUGUCUAUAUACCGUAGCAACUCCAUCAUCAUCCACAAGUCCUAACUGACCAAUAAUUUUGAUUACUUCAUUUUCUAUAAUGUAGCGCUGCCAAAGUCACUUUAUACACACCAAAUAGGGUACACAGAACAUACCAUGAAGCCGAUGAUGUGAUUAUACCUGGUUAUUUUUAUCAUUUUACUAAUCUACUACCUUAGAGCCUACUUAAUAAAAAUUAUUCCGUAAUAACUAAUAAUUUUAAUAAUAAAAUAAAUACACUAAGUAAAAUAUGUACGAAUCAUAGUAGGUACUUUUUCCAGAUUAAUGUAGGCACACAUCCAUUUAAAUGUAUUU